CUCUACCAGACAUUCUACGUGCAUACAGAAUCAGACCGCGUACUUCGCGCUCAUUGCUCAACAAGUGAAAUGACCUAUCAGCGAUCUUUGUCUCGACUCUCGACGCGACACAACAUCUGCGGGACCGUCGUUCCCGCAUGUUGGUCUUUUCCUGCUCGCGGACUCCAUAUUUCUAUUACUCCUUUUGAUCUGCUUUUCGCGACACUGUAACGACCUUCCCGCUAUGGACGACGACGCAAUGGAGAUUGACCCAAUCUCUCGCCGUGUCUAUUCCUUCAACACUGUGGGCAAACCAUUCAUCUGUGAUCACGUCGGGUGGCAACAGAGUCAACCACAGGUUGUGAAGGCCUUGAUGGAGGAGGAAGCAGUGGCAGGAAGACGUGCGCGGCAAUCAAUACAAGACUCGGAGUUAGAACUUUACGACCCAUGCCCAGGCUUCAAACCACCCACCCGUCCGCGCUUGCGAGCGACCCGUUCGAGUGCGCGCCGUGACCGACGAAAGAUCCCACCGAGCCUCAAUGGUGGAUCGCCACCCGGGAGCCCAAAGAACGUGUCGACACCUGUUUUAGAUCAAGCCACUGAAGAACUGAAUGACCUCGCGGCGAAUGCUUCCACCGAAGCGCUGUCUAGAGCGGAACGACGGAGUGCAGCCUCCAAACGCCAAACGGAUGGUCAUCCGCAAAAGACACACCACUCUGGAAAGAGCACAGGAAAACGACGGACUACCGUUCUACCUGCUCAGAACGGUACGGUCGCACGUGGCAGCAGACUUGACGGGAACACGCGCCCUGCGCAGUCAGCAUCUCGGACGAGAGAUGACAGUGCGGAUGCGAUGGACAUCGACUCAGAUUCGUUCCUCUACGCGAACAAGUGUGGCAAUAGCUCGUCGCAGGUCGCGACCACAUCGACCAAGCCUGUGAAUUCACGCCGCACGCAGGAUGCUGGGCAGUCUCAAGCCACUCCUCCUGGCCUAGCGAUCGUCGCGUCUACGCCGCUUCCUGCAGAGCCAUCCACCUCGCACCGCCGCCACUCACCCAUCACCCCUCCCGCAGACGACCCUCCGCCCACGCACCGCAAGAGCUCUGCAGCCCCACCGACAGUCACCCCUUCUUUCGUUGCGCGUCCAGGGCCGCCCCGGCCAGCUCAGCCCUCCAACCAGUCCAUGCAGCGGUUCGCGGCGCCUCUUGGGAUGACGUCGAUGAGGCGCGGGGUCUCUUCGCAGUACCAGCCUUCGCCGACCUUGCCCACGCGGCAGAGGGGGUUCAAGACACCCUCGGUGCAGUCCAAGCAUCCUCCCAUACAGCGGUCCGUGACAAAGGCCCCCAUGGUCAUGACCGCGCGAGCUAGCCUGCCUAGGGAUGCGGCGCCCAUCACACCCGAUGACACACCGCCGCGUCCCAAGGACUCUGCGGAGGAUGAGGAUAUGGACGAGGCGAGGGAUGCGGACUCGAGCUUCACGGAGUUCGAGUCUUUCGAUGCGGACGCAUUGGAAGAGGCGAUGAAGCCGUAUGAUCAGCUAUGAAGUCAAAACUCGCAUGCAUUCAUGGGAUUCACACUUAUUACUUGGGAGCACACUCAUAUGUCUUGAACUGCUGUACUGUAGAUAAGUGAUCACUAUAUUGGUUAUUGACCGGGCAUAGGAUAAUUUGAUAGUAUGUCUUGUACUUAUGCUCAAUCGCACAUGCGCUCCUACUCAUCUCUUGGAGAGUCAUCCCCGAGCAGCUUUUCUA